AAGAAAAUAAACAUGGAAUAUCAGUUUCUUUCAUCAUCCGAUUUAAAAAGUAAAAUAAAUAAUUGUUUGAAUAUUAUACGUAAAUAUGAUUGGCUUAUAAAUUCCUACGUGUCAGAUUUCUAUGUGGAUGAUCAUUGGUCUAAAUUGCCAACAUUAUGGCGGGAUUGUUUUCAAGAUUUGCCGCCGGAUCAUUUAAGUUAUUUGUUGGAUACCAGCAAUGCAGAUGUGCAAGAUGUUUGCAGAGUAUGGCUCUUAAGUUUGCUGGCACUAAAAAAGGCUUUUAAGGAAUUGUGUGUUAAACGCCAACAAAACUGUGAGCAUGUCCUACCUCGUAGUUCCCUACUCGAUCAUCCCAAACUAAAACAUAUAUUCAUUAAAGGUGUCAAACCCAAAAAGCGACAUGAGUUGGAAUAUAUGGCGGCCUUGUGUAAAAAGAUUUGCACAGAAAAUCCAGUAGAUUUUGUUAUUGACUUUGGUGCCGGUUUAGGUCAUUUAGCCAGAGUUUUAGGCUAUGCCUACAACAUCAAGGUCUGUGGCUUAGAAAUGCAAACCAAACUCAAUGGAAAUGCCUAUGAUAUGGAUAGAAAUAUGGAAAAACUCAUAGAGAAAUAUUUGCCCGCAACAGAAAAUGUGCAAUAUCAAAGUCCAACACAUGUAGAUCUUUGUCUAACCGCCCAAAUGACAAGAGAACAAUUUUUGGCUAUUAUAGAAAAGGCUUUAGGUCUCACAAAUGAAGACUAUACAUUUGGUAUAAUAGGUUUACAUCCCUGUGGCGACUUGGGAGCCAUUUUAAUGCGUAUGUUUUUGCAAUGUAAACAAGCAAAAUUUUUAAAUUUUGUUGGUUGUUGCUAUCAAAAAUUAAGCACAAUUGAAGGACGACUGGGAGCGGAAAAAAAGCCAACACAACAAUUUUAUGGUUAUCCCUUAAGUGAAUAUUUAAAAACGAGUUCGUGUGAUGUGCGUUUAAGUUAUGAGGCUAGAGAAAUUUCCUGUCAUGCCACGGAAUUGUACAAUGAACGUUUAUCUCAAAAAGAUUAUGACUAUUUGAAAGUGCAUUCAUUUCGGGCAGCUGCUGAAAGAAUAAUUGUUAAGCAUUAUCCUUGUUUGAAACAUUCGGGUUUGAAAAAUGUUAAACAUAUACCAGAUAUGAAAUUUGAAGAUUAUUUUUAUAGAGCUGUUAAAGGCUUACCUGUGGAACAUCUAACUGAGAAUGAUUUAAAUACUUCAGUAACUUGUAAAGAUCUUUUAAAUUGGAAAAAUAUUUUGAUUUUUUAUACAUUGCGUUUAUUUUUUGCUCCCUUAAUUGAAAGUGUUGUACUGUAUGAUCGUUUGCUGUAUUUACUGGAAAAUGACUGUGUUGUACAAAUAAAUCCCAUAUUUGAUCCUAGGCUGUCGCCCAGAAAUCAUAUUACAACAGCUGUGAAGAAAAGCUAAAAAUAUGUUUGUAACAAUUAUUGUUAAUUGUUUAAAAUUGUAAUUUAUAUUGAAUGUGUUACUCAGGUUUGUAAUUGAGUAUAUGGAACAUUUUUUCAAGAAUUUGUGGCAAUAAAAUAA